GGAUCAGGGACGGGACAUGCAAAUUUCAAGCCCUACCCAUUGAUAAUGUAGAUCUACUUUAAUGAUAAUUUAACAAAAAGUUAAUGAUAAAGACUUGUUUAUUUACAAUCUACGUUGCGAGGAGGAAUAAUACGAGAUGCAUGCUUCAUUGGCUCGCGACCAUAAAUGCUCACCAAACAAGUUAGUCAUUGACCAAGUGAUGACAAAGUGUUAUCAAUGGAUUUUAAUUCUUUAGUUGUUUCUAGAGUUAAUAUCUUAUUUUGGUUUGAACUAUACUCGAAUUUUUUAUUUUGGUCCGUGGUUUUUGAAAUUGCUCACUUAACUCGAACUAUGCAUCAUACUUCCUUGCUAGACCUGGCAUAGAUUUUGACCAUCAAAUUGAACGGUCAACUCCAUUGACUGUUAGUCAAGUACCAUGUCACUUGUCACGUCAGUGAACCCAAAAUAAAAAGUUUGAAAUUUGAAUUUCUUUAAUUAUCUUCAAUAUCUAAAAUUUGAAUUAUUUUUUAUUAGAAAAUGAAACGAAUUAAAUAAAUUCAACAUCCAAAUUUUUUAUUUCAGAUUCGCUGACGUGGCAAGUGACUUGACUCUUGACUAAUGGUUAAUGGAGUUGACCGUCCAAUUUGACGGUCAAAAUCAGCACUGGACCAAACAAGAAAGUAUUUUUUGUCAAAAGAUAUCAUGUAUUGAUCGAAAAAAUAGACAGUUACACCCUGGAAACCAGCCAAGCCUGGAAAUCAAAGAAGCGACUCAUAGUCGGAUACAAAGAAAGGGCUUACUAGCUACCAAAUGAGCCACCCUAUUAUUCUCCCGACAUACAAAACGCACACUAAAGCCAGGCUGAGUACGAAAAUAAUGACCAAUCUCUUCCAGAACGGCACCCAACCGGCUAUCUCUUGUGUUGGCUUGAUUAAUUUUGUCAAUAAUCACCUUCGCAUCGCCCUCAAACUAGACCUACGACAAUCCUUGCUCCACACACCAAAUAAUAGCUUCCCUGAGCACAAGCAAUUCCACCACUACAGGAUCAUCCAUUUGAGAAAACUGAACCCCUCUAGCCAGAAGGAGUGUCCGCGCUGGGUCAAAAAGAACCAUCCUACCAGCCGAAUGCGACCCACCCUUAGUAGCCCCGUCGCACAUGCAAACCAAAUGAGAAUCACCCACUUGCGUUGUAGGUUGCAUCAUCGGGAUUGUCACCCUAUGCGCCUGGUCCGCUGGUAGACCCACUCAUUCCUCAUACUGUUGGUUAAAUUGUCGCAUGAGCGUCGGGAUCCCAAAUUGUUUGCCUUCAAAGACUACCCAAUUCCGAGAUCGCCAGAUCCUCCAAAUGAUGGCAACAGCCAUAACCACUAACGUUGAUGAAUCAGCGCCAACAGACGUUUGAGAAACAAAGGAAAAGUGUGCCGAGGCAAACCCUCUCCCAAGUAUUCCAACCCUGAAUAGUCCCAGAGAGCCCGCGCAACCGUACAAUAAAGGAACAGGUGUUCCAUCGUCUUUGGGCCAUCCCAACAAACUGGACACCGAGGUAGCACCUGGACCUUUUUCUCAAUAAGCGCCUCCGUAGUCGGAAGAGCCCGAUUAAGAAUUUGCCAAACAAAAACCUUCAACUUCGGAGGGAUCUUUGCCUCCCACACUCUAAUCCAACUCGGCUUAUCCAUCCAGCUAAUCGAGGAUCGCCACCCACCCCUCCUCCUGUCCAAAUCGACAGCCAAAUGGUAAGCCGACUUUACCGAGAAAACCCCGUCGGCCGUAAAAUGCCAGAUAAGCUUAUCAGGCACAUCCCAUCUCGGGAGAGGAAUAGCUUUAAUAGCCCUACAAGUGGGCGGGUCAAACCAUUGACUGAGCUUCACAUCAGACCACCUCCCUCCCCCCUCACAAAUAACCUCCACCACCAAGGGAUCACCCCCCUCAGGCAAGAUCCGCGGAUUAUAGCAUGGGGGAUCUACUUGGUACCUAGGAAUCCAGUUAGAAUGAAGGAGGGAGACCGAUUGGCCAUUACCGACCUGCCAUCUUAAACCAUCUCCAAUAACUGACGCCCAUGUAGGAUAAUAUGCCAACCCCAAGAGGGGCGAGACCUAGCAGUCGUGGUUAGGAAAGACCCUUGAGGGAAUACUUGCCUUUAUAAACCUGGGCAAUAAGUGAUUGAGGUUCAUUGAGAAUACGCCAGCCUAUCUUAGCCAAAAGAGCUUGGUUGAAAUGUUCAAACUAGCGAAAUCCCAUCCCCCCAUCAUGCUUACUCAUGCACAUGUUUCGCCAGGACACCCAUCUAAUCUUGGGAUUACCCUCCUCAGCACCCCCACCAAAAGUGGGCCACAUGUCUAUCUAAAAAACGACAAAGAGCUAGGGGAAGAUGAAACAGGACAUAACAUGAAGGGGAAGAGCCAAUGCUAUGGAUUUAAUCAAAGUUUCCUUUGGAACCCACGACAAUGCCCUUUGCUUCCACCCCUGAAGUUGCUCUAGGAGUUUUUCCUCCAAAUAUCUGAACGUAGCUAUUUUGGAUCGAGCAACCAGCGUAGGAAGCCCCAGAUAUUUAUCGUGGACCCCCACUGCACCAACCCUUAGGAUCGUAGCCAAGAACUCCUGAUCUGGCAUGGAAAUAUUCUUGCUAAAGCACACCGCCGAUUUCACCAAGUUAACGCGUUGGCCACUCAGUUCCUCAUAUUCAUUCAGCACCUCAACUAAAUUCCCGCACUCCUGAAGAGAACCCCGCAAGAAUCAGUAAGAAUCAUCCGCGAAGAACAGGUGCGAGACUCUUGGAGCACGAGGAGCUACUUUCACCCCUCCCCCCCCCCCUAAUUUUUUCUCCGUGAUCGCCUUUCGCAGGAUGGCUGCAAACCCCUCCGUGCAGAGCACAAACAAGAGAGGAGAGAGCGGAUCCCCCUGGCGAAGGCCCCUAGAGGCAGUGAAAUAACCCGAGGGUGUACCAUUCAUCAUAACCGAGAAAGAGGAGGAUUGAAGACAUUCAUGUAUCCAUCCUUGCCAGACUGAAUUAAAAUCCAUCUUAUCCAAAACUGCAAGAAGGAAGGGCCAUUCGACUCUAUCAUAAGCCUUUUCCAUGUCAACCUUCAGAGCCAAAAGAGCAAUUUCAAAAACCACAGACCAAAGUAGAAAGUUUGGGUAUAGUUCGGGCCAAAAUAAGGUAUUAACAUUUCAUUCUAUUGUUCAUAUCUAAAUCGUAACUAUUUGAUCAAUGAGCCUUUAAUAGACCCAGGAUGUGUUUUUGUACUCUUUGAUGUCUUCUUGGUAUGUUUUGAUGGUUUGCAAGGUACAAAGCAACCUAAGAAAACUUGGAUCAAGUAUUGGACAACUAUGAAGGGUCAAAAGAGCUAUAAGGAGAAGUAAGUGGAGUUUUCAUGAUAAAGACAAUGUACUAUUACGGAGAGGCCUACUUGUAACCACAAUGUGAGCCCAACGGAGGAAGACUCAACCCAAGCAGAAGCUGGAACCGAUGGCGACUUAGCAAUUGGUCCAAUCGCUGCCCAUGGAGACUUGGUCAAAACACAAUCAAAUCUUUAGGAGAGAUCGUUCGUGGCAAGGAGGCCAACCCAAUAAGAAAACCAACGUCGGCCCCAACCUCCAGGGAACCGUCGUUCAUGCACUAGCUUAUAGAAGCCUUCCUCUGCAAGGUACUUCGUUCGCAGGUUGAAGGAGUCCGAGUCCAAGUCAUAAAAGGAAGGAUGUGGCCGACUUUAGGAGGAAACCCCACAGUUUAUCUCCUCUCUCUUGUUCUAUAAAUAGGUGUUUAAUCUUCAGUUAGAAAAUAACUUUUACACUAAAAAAUGGAUGAAGCUCUGUCGUAUUGAUGAGAGAAUGACUCCAUCUUCGAUGAUUCCUUCUAAAUCGCGUAGGGGUGGUAAUGGUAAACCGGUAUUCGGUAUUACCGGAUACCGCCGAUAUCCGCGUAUACCGGAUACCGACGGUAUCGGUAUUCGAUGGAGUGAUUUGGCAUAAUGGUAUACUGGAUAAUACCCAGUAAUAUACCGAAGCAAUCGAG